ACAUAUUUGGUGACAAGUGACAUAGAAAGGUAUGAUAAAUGAUAAGGGACAAUGAGAUAAACGGCGAACCUAUCUCUCACACGCCACAUUCAUUAACAUGACCAGCUCUGGGGCCACCGUGAAACGUCGGGUGUCAUGGCGAGAACCAAACCGCUUGACAGACGUGUGGGUGACACCGGAGUCUGGGGAUGAGGGAGGGGCAGGCAAAGGUGGCCCAGGACACAAGCACGUGGAUUUUACCCUCAAACCUAACGCCCCUGCUGACGGAGGGGGUAGUGACCUGAAGGAAAUCGGCCUCAUCUACGGUGGCUCCCUGAUAGCGCAGACUCUUAUAGGUCCUGGUAUUUUCACCUCCCCCAAGGGCGUUCUGGAGGGGUCGGGCUCCAUCGCCAUGUCCCUGGUCAUCUGGGCGGCGUGUGGCGUCUUCAGCACGAUGGCUGCUCUGUGUUUUACGGAACUUCGCGAGUCUGUCCGGAAAGAGGGCGUGGAGUAUGCCUACAUCUCGGAAGCGUUCGGGCCUGUCACAGCCUUCGUCUACUGCUGGAUGCGCAUCGCAGCUGCAGAACCAGUCGGAACGGCUGUCUUCUGUGCCGCAUUCGCCGACUACACCGCCGACUUUAUCUACGACGGAUGUGGGCCCUCUGACAAGAUCCGAAAGUCUCUGGCAAUUCUUGCACUUGUUUCCCUGGCUCUGCUGAACGGCCUCAGCAACAAGCUUGCCUCGCAGGUGCAAAUUCUGGCGACUGUUGGGAAAGUGACGGCGUUGGCUGUUGUCAUCAUCCUCGGCAUCACCAGACUCUUCCAGGGUCAUUACACGAUCCUGCAGGGGGGCUUUGAGGGUACCACGGACAACCCGACAUCAAUUACCUUCGCCAUAUUCAACGGUCUCUGGGCGUACGGUGGCUGGUCCAACGUCAACCACGUGACUAGAGGUGUGAAGAAACCCCCAAGAAAUUUACCACGACUUGUGAAAUUCGUCAUACCACUGGUAAUGGUAAUCUACAUGCUCGUGGUGACGUCAUACUUCACGGUAAUGACGAAACACGAGAUGCUCUCAUCCGAGGCCAUAGCCGUGACAUGGGGUGAAAGGAUGCUUGGCAAAGCUUCUGCAAUUAUUCCCAUUGGGGUAGGGCUGACGGCACUGGGCAGUGCUAACGGUACAUUCCUGACAGCUGGGAGACUGUCUGGCGUCGCUCUGAAGGACGGCAACAUGCCGGAGUUCUCCUCCUGGGUACACGUGCGCAGCAAGACCAACAUCAUCACCCUCAUCAGCAGGGCGUUGAUCGCCAUCCUGAUGCUGAUGUUCGGCUCGCUGGCCGUCCUGGUUCGGUUCUUCGUCUUCACUGUCUGGUUGUUCCAUGGUCUGUCAAUCCUGGCACUCCUGGUCCUCAGAGUGAAAAACAAGGCAAAGUCAAGGCCCUAUAAGGUUAACAUCGCCAUCCCAAUCGUCGUCGUUGCCAUCAUCGCCUGUUUCUCCAUAGCGCCGUUUCUCCAGGCACCCAAGCCAGAGUUUAUCGUGUCCCUGGCUCUCGUUGUCUUCUCUCUGAUUCUCUACAUACCCAAGAAGUUCCUCAAAAUCAACGGUCAAUUUUCAGAGAAGUUUCAGAUAUACCUUCAGCUCAUCUUGCGGAUCGCUCCCCGACGAGCCUUGAAACGGUUGUCGAUAGCGCGGCGAAAGUCGAUAGUGAGAAGAGCGUCUCUCGCCCUGGCCAGACGCCACUCCAUGCUGAGGAUGGAGGAAGAGUCAGUACUCCGGAGGAGGACUAGUUUGGCCGUAAGGCGUGCCUCUGCGCCAACAAUCAGCAAACCAGCAGGGAUAAUCCGCCGGAGCCACACCUUCAGUGAAAUCCAGAGACCCCUGAGCAUUAUAGAGGAAAGGACACCCCGGGAGACCACGCCCCCAGACUCGGGUCUCAGCUCAGAUCAGGAUACCGGGGACGAAAGGUUCAACUUCCAGGUAGACAUAGAACCACAGAACGACGUCACGAGAACAGAAGGCUCCGUAGACAGCGGCAGCAUAGGAUCAAGCGACGUCGAAUACGUUGAUCCUUUUGCAGACCUUGAUCCUGUUAUGCUGAACGAGCUGUUUUCUCUGCGAUCUCGCUCCAGCGAAAGCAGUGCCAGCUCUUCUUCCAUGGACUUGAACGAGACAGCAUCCAUGACGGACGACGACCUCGACGGCUCUAGUUCCACCACCAGCACCGAUCCCAACCUAGAUUCCGAACUGGACGCCGAGCUAUUUGCUGAGUUGGACUCCUAUCUUGUUUAUGAUGAUGCGUCUUCUGAUGAUAUCCCUUACAUGCAGGUCACCAAAUUGUGAUUCCACAUCGAGCAUUGUUUGAAAAAUCAACAGGGUUUAGUUUAGUGGAGAAGUUCGGCUGUGCAGAGUUGCGUCCCUUGGGCACGCCAGAAACCUAUGAUUGUGGGUUCGAAUCCCGGUUCGCCCCGAUUAUGUUUCUAGGUUUGUCAGCACCAUACCCGUGCUCGUG